AUGGAGACGCAAGAUAAAAAGCAGGAGAAUGGGGUGACUCUGGGCCUCUCAUCCAGCCAGGCUCUCAAGAAGCUCUGGGAGCAGCUCAACAACCUGCUGGAGCAGCACCAGAGAGCAGCACGGAGACGAACCUCUACAUGGGGUUUGCCAUGUCUGGCAAAACUGAAAAUCUACACGUGCACACAGCCCAUCACUGAAUGUUCUUCAGUUUGUGUGUUCUUUGCACUCCGCAGCUCUGGCAUCGAGCUGGUAAACGCCGCAGCGCUGUUCUUCCUCCUCUUGUUGAACCUGCUGCUUGUCAGACGCCAGGAGAGUUUGAAGAAGACUGAGAUGGUCCGCCGCCUCAAAGGCAUCACCACACAGCUCAGUGACUAUCUGUCAGGGUGUGUGGGUGAAGUGCAGUGGCCUUCAUCAGUCUACCCGGACCUGUUCAUCCCCUCGUCCUCCUCAUGGUCUCUUCAGUGGACCUAUCGUGACUCUCAGCUGGUUAACCUGCCCGUCAGUCUGCUGGUGGAAGGAGAUAUCAUUGCUCUGAGACCUGGCCAGGAGGCGUUUGCAUCCCUCAGAGGCAUCAAGGAUGAUGAACACAUAGUGUUGGAACCAGGAGAUUUAUUCCCCCCAUUUUCUCCUCCACCUUCCCCUCGUGCCAAGGACAGAGGACCUGAGAGCCCCCAUCAACACCGCCUCUUUAGAGUGGUCCGGACUCCAGUUCUGGACCUUGUCCAAAAUAGUUUGGAGCAGGCGCUGUCCCGACCUGUCACAGUGCUGGAUAAUGAGCGCUUUACUGUACAGUCUAUCAUUACAAAACUCAUCUGUCCUGUUGUUCUGGUGGCGUUCCUGCUUGUAAACACUAUUCGUUUUAUUUGUGGUGCCCCUAGCCUCACACCUGCCAUGUACAAUUUUCUUCAGCUUCAGCUGAUGGGUGUUCUGCCAAUCCUGCUGUUGCUCUUUCCUGUGAUGUGGGUGCUGGUAAAUGCUUUUGGAGAGGCCAGGGUUCUUGCUGAGUUCAGCCGUGCAUCGCCAGCAGGCCUGCUUGCUAAGUUCUCUGAGGAUACUCUAAGCAGCUACACGGAAGUUGUUUCCUGGCAGGAGUUGCUGCGUUGUGUUUGGAGACACCUGGUUGGUGUCCUGAAAGGAGAAUCUCAGACACUGUGCUACACGUCCAGCCUUCUUCACACACUUGGUUCUGUCACUGUGCUGUGCUGUGUAGACAAACAGGGUAUCCUGUCAUGGCCGAAUCCCAGUCCUGAGACGGUCCUAUUCUUCAGUGGACGAGUGGAACCACCUCACAGUAGUCAGGACGAUCUCAGAGAUGACCUGUCUGUCAACUCCUACUGCCGGAUGGAGGCAGAGAAUGAAAGAGACAAGGCCCAGGAGGCAGAGGCCCUGCUCUGUCUUUCAGAAGAGGCUUCCAUUCAGUUGGUAGAGGCCCCCGAGCCCAGCGAGACGUCACAUGACACGGCUCGCUCAUGUGAAACCCUCAAAUUUCGGCAACCCGCACAUUCUCGUACCAAGCACCACUCUGGAUCAAACGUCAGCUUCAGCCACGACACUGAGGGGGGAGAAGACAACCAGGCUCAAGAUUUUGCUUUGGGUUGUCCAGAAACAGAGGCUGAAGACUUUGUGUGUGACUACCACCUGGAAAUGCUGAGUCUGUCUCAGGACCAGCAGAACCCCGUCAGCAUCCAGUUUGAUGACCUUUCCUGGCAGGGCCAUCUGCCCUCCCUGAAGCCUCUGGGCCUCAACAUCAUGCUGAACCUCUGCAACGCCACCAUCACCCAGAAGCUCUGCCACUUUUCUGACCACAUUUCUAAUCUGGCUCUGCAGGAGAGCCACGGCUCCGUGUUACCCGUCUACGUCCCCUGGGGUCUGUGUGAGCUCUCCAGGCUCAUAGGGUUCACUCCUGGAGCGAGGGAGCUGUUUAAGCAGGAGACCUACUUGGCUCUGUACCAGCUGCCGUCUGGAGAGAAGACCAAGGAGUUAACUUCUCGCCACCUUCUCUACUUCAUCAAACGCCAGCCCCCCAUCUCCCACCUCCUCUCUCUGUGCGUGCGAGAUUCAUCCUCCAAUAACGUCCAGAUGCUGUCGCACGGUUCAGCUGAACUUAUCCUCGAGGCCUGUUCUGACUUCUGGGAUGGAACUGAUAUCUACCCUCUUUCAGGCUCAGACAGGAAGAAAGUUUUGGACUUCUACCAGCGUGCCUGUCUGUCAGGUUACUGCUCAGCCUUUUCAUACAAACCUAUGCAAGUGUCGUUGUCCAGUCAGCUGAAUGGAAAGUGUGUGGAGCUCGCCCCCGGCCCCUGCCUCUUCUCUGGUGUUGAGCUGCCCUCCACCACCCCCAUCAAACACAACAUCUGCAGGAACAGCUGGAGCUCGGAUGAGGGAAUAGGUGAAGGUGUGGAGCGGGAGGACUGCGUCCAGGCCCUGAGCGGACAGAUCUUCAUGGGCAUGGUGUCGUCUCAGUUCCAGGCGAGGCUGGACACAGUCCGUCUUAUUGAUGCCCUUGUGACCGCUUGUAUCCGUUUUGUUUAUUUUUCCAUGGAGGACGAGCUCCGCAGCAAGGUGUUUGCAGAGAAGAUGGGCUUAGAGACAGGCUGGAACUGUCACAUCUCUCUGACUCCUAAUGGAGACAGUCCCUGUGAAGGAGCUCCAUCCAGUCCGAGUCAUGGCUCCCUGCACGAAGAACUCAACCAAGAUUGUCGCGACGAAGCUGAGGGUCCGCUGCUGCAGGAGGAAGAGGCUCACUCGGCCAGCUUCCAGCCCACAGACAGUGAUGUGCCCAGCUUUCUGGAGGACUGCAACAGAGCCAAACUACCUCGUGGGAUCCACCAAGUUCGUCCUCAUUUGAAGAACAUUGACAACGUUCCUCUUCUGGUCCCGCUCUUCACUGACUGCACCCCUGACACCAUGUGUGAGAUGAUGAAGAUCAUGCAGGAGAACAGAGAGGUCACCUGUUGUCUGGGAAGCUCGGCCAACUUCCGAAACAGCCGCCUGUUCAUGCAGAGUGACCUCAGCAUCUCACUGGACCCUCUGUAUCCAUCUCAGUGUUCACGGGAAACAUUUGGCUAUGCCACUGGAGGAGGGCCUCAUGAGGACACUGAAGGACUGUCCCCUCUGAGACUUUCAGGGCAGCUGAACAGCCUGGGCUGCUCCAUCUCCUUCCACCAAGGAGACAGUGUCAGCAUCGCCAAACUCAUAGAACAGGCACGACACACGACCGCUGGCAUCCGUAAGUGCUUCCUUUUUCUGCUGCAGUGCCAGCUCAGUCUGGUCAUCAUCCAGUUCUUAGCCUGUCUUGCACAACUCCCCCCUCCUUUGAACACCACCGACAUCCUCUGGGUGUCCUGUUUCAGCUGCCCUUUGCUGAGUGUGUCUCUUUUGGGGAAACCACCUGACAGUUCAGUUAUGACGGUCGCCACAGGGAAGAACCUGAAUUCAAUCCCCAAAAAGGGGCGCCUGUGGCUGAGUGAUUGUGUCUUAUUGUUGAUCAUGAACUCUAACUUGUGUCUGAUCAUUUUCAGGGUGCGCGUUCGCUACCAGAAGAGACAGAAGCUGCAGUUUGAGACAAAGCUGGGAAUGAACUCUCCUUUCUAACGCCUUCUGACGAGCAGCACUGGAAACUAGAUGGAUUCCUCAGAAACCGGGAUGACACGAGGUGCAUGUUCUAUGCUGCACACUAAUUAUCAGGCAGACGUCACGGUGGAGGUUCCUACGUGCAUGUUGAGCUCCUUCAGAUGUUUGCUCGCUUGGUCAGUUUUGUGAAGGGCAGAGAAAAGAGACGAUCCUUUUCACUGCAGAAAACGGACGAAACAGGAAGUGGUUGUAGUUUUUAAUGUCCUCGUUCCCACAGCGCGCACGUGACACUCGCAGUAACGUGAUGCGUCUUCUACCAGAGCAGCCUUGUUGAAUAUGAUGUCAACGUUUCUUCAUUAAACAGAAACAUGAGACUGAAGGUUGUGG